AUCAUAUCAAUAUAUAUACAGUCUAUGAUUUUGCCAUGUGUGUGCCCUUUUUAAGUGACCGUAAAAUUCUUACGGAACCAUUCGUUGCUGUCCUACUGUACCUACACGGGCGUGUUUCUCCGACACACUUGUUCAGAGACGCAGCGUUUGAAAUGGCUGUUACCCUUCACACUGAACUAGGAGAGAUUAAAAUUGAAUUGUUUUGUGAACGGGCCCCGAAAUCAUGCGAGAACUUUCUUGCUUUGUGUGCCAGUGGGUUCUACAACGGCUGUGUCUUUCACCGCAAUAUUAAAGGUUUCAUGGUUCAAACUGGAGAUCCUACAGGCACAGGUAAAGGAGGAACAAGUAUAUGGGGCCGCAAAUUUGAAGAUGAGUACAGUGAACAUCUAAAACAUAAUGUAAGAGGAGUGGUCUCAAUGGCAAACAAUGGCCCAAACACAAAUGGCUCCCAGUUUUUCUUCACAUACGCCAAACAGCCCCAUCUAGACAUGAAGUACACAGUGUUUGGAAAGAUUAUAGAUGGCCUGGAAACACUGGAUGAACUGGAGAAACUGCCUGUCAAUGAAAAGACGUUCCGACCACUGACUGAAACCCGGAUAAAGGAUGUGACCAUUCAUGCAAACCCUUUUGCUGGAUAGACGGCUUCCUCUUCAAAUGUGCAGACAGGCCUUUAACACAAAACUUGGACUGUGAUAUUUCCAAUAUUCCUAUUGAUACAGUGUAAUUUACCUUGCCAAAGUUAAAAUGGAUAACUUGUCGGAGGCUAGAAAGGCAACAUUGAACAGGACACUGACUCUGAAACCUCAUGUUUUUUUUAUCAGCAUUUUCUGAAAGUAAUGAUCCAGAAUUUGAAUGUAGCUUGGGGGGAAAAAUACUAGUUUAAAGAAGUCAACAUCUUAGUCUCAGUCCACAGAGUAAAAAGUUUCAGGGGUAUGCUUUCUCCAAUUUCUAGCUAGGUAUGAUAAUGAUUUUUAAGACAUGUUUUGCAUCCCCUUUAGACUCAUCUCGAUGUGACAAAACCCUUGUGAAUGAAGAAUCAUAGGCUAUUCUUCUCUGUUUCUUUACAUUCACAAUCCAGUCCAAGAAAAACUUUCUACGGCACUGCAAUACAUAUUCUGAUCUUUUAUUUUUCUUCUUGAUAGGCUAUGUAAAUAAAUUGUCAGUUUUGUAUUAAAUAAAAAAUUU